AAAUGCUAAAGCUACGAAAAACGCGAUACCUAUGAUCCCACUUAAAAUAGCAAUUACAAGUUUCAAUGUACUUUUAUUAUCCUCGUCUUUAUUUAAAUUAGAUGAACCGGUUGGAAUAGUAUUAUUGGAUGAUAUGAUUUGA